ACGUGCUGGAAGCAAGGCAUUAGGAGUGAGACAGCAUCCAAGUAUUGGAAUCCAAUAGCUUCCAUCCAAUCCAAUCCUAUGCCUAGCCAUGGCACUGUUGCAACACAGAUCCAUUUGUAUGGCCGAUUCCAAGUCUUUAGCUACCGCUGCAUGCUCGCUAGGUAUUGGAGCCCCGAUCAAAAUGCCAGAGAUCCACUGUUCUGGCUAUGGCACUGUCCUGACUGUGUCCAAAUAUCUUGGGGUUGUCCCUGUUUUUUUAUUGAUUGCUACUAUGCUAGGAGAAUCUAAUGGAUGCCAAUGGCACUCACUUGUUCAUGGAUCAUAGUAGUACAAUGGAGGUAUUCUAACAUGGCUUUAAAUAUAUGAUUGAGUUUUUUUCUUACAGAUGCUUUCUGGCAUUCUUCAUCCACUUUUCCAUGGAAAUUUUGACACCAUUGUGGAUUUUCUUCUUUUCUAGAGCUUAGAUGUUCCAUUGGUGGGAAAGAAGGGUCUGGAUUUCGAGGCUGAGUCAGUCUUCAAUCAGGAAUUCUUCAAGGUAUUCAUCAGGAAAAUGAAAAGUUCCUCUUUGCUGUGUUCUUAUUUCUCCUAUGUCUUUGCAGGUGAAGCUUUCAGACUACUUCUAUGUCAUGUUGUUCUUCUAUCCUUUGGACUUCAUGAUCAUUUGCCCGAUAGAAAUUGCCUUUUUCUGUGAUCGUUACUCAGAAUUUGAGAAGAUCAACACGGAAGUGCUCAAAGUCUCUGUUGACAGUGUGUUUUCCCAUCUGGCUUGGGUUCAAACUGAGAGAAAGUUGGGUGGCUUAGGCAAUUUGCACUAUCCCCUUGUUUCAGACAUCUCCAAGUCAAUCUCCAAGGCUUACAACAUACACAUCUCUAAUCUGGGAAUUGCCCUCGGAGGCCUCUUCAUGCUAGCAGCAGGGAGUCAAAAACAGCAAGCCAGCAGCAGCAAGUGGCACAAGCGGCAAGCGAGUGAUGAUCCAGCUCCAUCUCGCAAAGCAGUGGUGCAGCUAUGAGCAUCCAACUCCAGCCGUAGCUAUUGCUAAUUGAGCUCUAGCUGCAAGCAGCAUUGUAAUUGAGCGACAAUUUAGGUAUCAAUUCAA